GUUCCGAUGGAUGAUAAUGCCUUAAAAUAGAAACGACAUCAUAUCAUCCCCCUUGGAGUAAGACGCCACAAGUUUCACAAAUGAAAAUCCAGUCCUAUCUUCGACCAAGGUUAUCCAUUCUUGGAUUCUUAGCUGCGUAUACCGAUUUGCCGAUUGUGUAACCGCUGACGAUUCCGCUAUAAGAUCUGACGGUGUGGCGUCCGUCUCAUCCGUACCUUAGUAAAGAAUCUAGCUUACCAAUGAAGAUUCUUUGAAAUCAACAUUCCCAUGUAAAUAAAGCUAAGUUUAACUCUUAAUCCACCGAAUUCCCCCAGCGCCGCACGAAAUCACACUCUCUAGUAGCUAAUAGCAGCACAGAAGUGAUAAUGAAAAACAGAACCAAUUCUAUACGCACGCCUGGAUGGAGACGUACCGGAAUUUUCAGUAUCAUUUCCACUCUUAGCUGUGGAAUUGUACUUCUUGUCUGGUUCGUUAGGGCCAUCCAGCAAGAAGGCUCUUCCGUUUACUCCACCACCACCAUUUUUGAGGGUAAUUGCGUAAAAGCGAAAAGAUUCGGACUUCUAAUCCACGCAUUCCUUAUCAUUGUUUCUAGCCUCAUCCUCGCAUCAUUCCGUUUCUUUAUGCAGAUACUUAGUUCUCCGUCCCGCGCCGAGAUUGACCGGGCCCAUUCUGAACUUCGGUCGUUAGAAAUAGGGGUCUCAUCAAUCAAAAACCUUCGUUACGUUUCCUGGAUAAAAACUGUCGCUUGGGUGGUGUUACUUGCCAGCUCAAUUCCAAUCCAUCUUUUCUUCAACAGUUCGAUCUUCGAAACAAUAUUUCAAGGGUCGGACUGGCGCCUUACUAUCGCGUCAAGUUCUUUUAGCUCUCAGGAAGUUAGCUUCUUCCCACCAGGAGCAAGUUUGAUGAAUGCAGGAAUUCCUAGCACUGGAUGGGAUAGUUCAACCCACAAUCACGCGGAGUGCUCAAAGAUGUCGGGCUUUGGAGAGCACGUAGCGCUAACAGAGUAUUGGGAUAGGUCGUCACUUGUUAACCUAAAAAUCACGAAAACAGCGAACGAAUCCAAGUUAUGGAAUAAUAUGACCUCACAAGAAUGCCUAGAAGAAUAUGCAUCUUGCAAACCGAGAAAUAAAUAUAGGGAUGUGGUUAUCGUUGUUGAUACCGGUACCAAUAGAUCGGGCGGAUGGAUGCUGUCUGGUGUCUUCAGCGAUCCGUAUAACGAGUUAGAGUCCACCUGGGAACAUCACAUACCAUGGGAUAGUCUCAACUCAUUGUGGUAUUCAACCCAGUGUGCAACUACCCUUACUACGUCUCCUGUAUUCAGAGAUGCGAAGACCUCAAUUUGCACGAACACUUGUGGGUGGGUGCUUGGAUUGGGCACCGCCUACCCAUUGACGAAUAUGUCGAGCACAUCGGGAUCCGUCUGGACUCCUCCCUUACCGGCAUGCGACGUGCCCAACAAAGAACGGCUUGGCUAUAAUGAUAAAUUCAACACACUCAGCGUGCGGUAUUGUCUAGCCGAACCCUCGCCUGCUAACAUCUGCCGAGUAGAACUUUCCAACGUCCUAUUGCUUGCCACCAUCGUCUGCGUCUUCUCAAAGGUCUUCAUUUGUACACUUAUUAUUUAUUAUCUUCUAUCCGAAUCACUGGUCACUCUCGGAGACGCCUUAGGAUCUUUUAUCUUGAAUCCUGAUCCUAUAACUCUAGGGUUCGGCACUUUGAGUAUUUCCGAUAGUCUUCAGUUACAGUCCGGGGCCCAUAGGAAGCUCCAGUCCGAUGGCACCAUGGGGCCUAGUGAAAGGACCCAACCACGCCGCUGGAGGAACCACAAAACUAAUAAAAUUAUAUCCGCUAUCCCGAAAUCUGCUUGGUCUAGCACUUUUGCACCCAUCAUAUUGUGCUUGUGUGUCGGGUUAUAUUACGCUAUCCAAGUAGACGUUAUGAGAAGGCUGGAUGGCCGCAACAGUAUUGGAGAAUCUGGCGUGCCAUUCUUUGUGGGCAGCUUUGUCAACAUAAACGGGUAUUUGCCUACGUUGCUCGUGGCGAAUUUACCGCAGUUCAUAUUAUCGUACUGCUUCUUUUCAUAUAACUCCUUUUUCACUCGCCUAGUAGCCGAGAAAGAAUUCAACUCUUACAGUUUGACACCAUAUAAGCCCCUUCGAGUUUCAUACCCUACAGGUGAACAAGUCUCGACGUAUUGGCUCCAGUUACCCUGCAAAUAUAGCAUACCCCUCUUGAUUACCAGUACAGUCUUGCACUGGCUCGCUUCUAAUUCUACGUUUCUCUUCGUGAGCUAUGGAGGAUAUCUAUUCAAUCCGUAUUAUGAUAGCGGCGUCGCACUCAAUGGCGCAGAAGCCGUCCUGGGUUUUUACCCCCUCGCGAUAUUAAUAUUCUUCUCGAUGAGCGUCAUUGUUGUUUUUAUACCUAUUUUAUUUGGAAUCCGUCGUAUUCCGGGUGAUAUGGUCAUCGGCGCAUGCGAUUCAUUAGUGCUUUCAGCAGCUUGCCAUCUUCAUGUUCCACCUACCACGUCUGAUGAUAAUUCAGGAGAUGAAGAUACUGAGAUGGGCCGUUCUCACGACCGGGAAUUUCUGCUCGAGCUUUCUAGAAGUAAGCUUCGAUGGGGUGUUAUGUCUCUGCCCCCUGAACUAGCCGAAAUGGUUCAUAAUAAACAGGAUCUAUUUCAUUUGACUUUUACUAACGAGGAUGGGUAUCUGUCUGGGCCAAUGUCUGGGGAAUUCCAUUGCUAAUAUAUAAGCACACUACCGUUUGCCCUUCGUCGAGGGCUAAGGUACGAAAAGGGGUAUUGAUUAUGUAAUCAACUGACUCUAGACUUUGUUCAUACGUAUCGAUUUAGAAAUAACUCACUCAGCCAGGCCUUGCCGCACAUAAGGACAAAGGAAUUAUUUAGAAGAGGGGUCAUUUGUGUAUAUACAUGGUAGUUCUUGUAGUAGUUCUUUCUCCUGGCCUUUUAAACCAAUUGUCAAAGGUCGGAUUGGCAUCUCACUCGCCGGAGCGAACAUAGAGAUCUCUGCGUGGGCGUCCUGAAGAGGAGCAAAGGCGGCUAAGGCAUGGGACCUUUGAUAAAUUGUGGGAUACGAUCUCCCAGGUGCUAAAAAGGGGCAUCGCUUACGUAAGCAUGACAAUAUAAAGCGCAGAUGCUGCCGUCAUACUAGGAUAACAACUAAGCUUGCACCAUAGACCAUGGAUGAUUUACCGUGUAAAGGUAGCAGAUAUAUAUCCUGGGUACUUUGGGGGCAAUGGCUCUGCGAAUGGCCUCGGGUGAAGAUACGGUCGCAGACUAAUACACGAUAAUAGGGGGAAGACAUGCGACGACCUAGAAGAAUAUCUAUAAUGA